GCACUGAUUUAGACAGAACAUCACCAGAGAUAGUAUCGGAACAGAAUUUGGAGUGAUCCCCAGAAGAGAAGGUGCGGUUGACCUAUACACAGGGGUGGACUGACAACUCAUGGGGCUCUGGGCAAUAGGGGAUCAUGGGGUCCCUGUGUCCUUGCCCAAACUCAAAAAAGCCUAUGAAAAAGGUACCAGGGGCAUCUCAUGGGUCCCCCUACUGACCCCGGGCCCUCGGGCAGUGCCCGAGUUUUCAAAUGGUCAGUCCACCCCU